GUUGACAAUACUGCUGGGGAUGACAAAGAUCCCCAAGAGGGAUACGCUACACUAUACAUACAUACCUCCCUAGCUAUCCCAAUGAAUAAAACUCCGUCGAUUUUACUUCAUUCAUGAUCAGUAGCUUCCAAAACUUUAAAGUAUUUCUAAAUAAGGUUUCCAUCAAUCAGAAAUAACGAAACUAUGGAUAGCAAAGUACCCAGGGGUCCCGCAGUCGGAAUCGACCUGGGAACCACGUACUCGUGCGUGGCUUACCUGAAAGAUGAUCGAGUUGAGAUCAUAACCAAUGAUCAAGGCAAUCGAACCACCCCUUCUUACGUUGCUUUCACUGAAACCGAGCGAAUGAUCGGCGAUGCUGCUUACAACCAAGUUGCGCUGAAUCCGGUCAACACCGUCUUCGAUGCCAAGAGGCUGAUCGGUAGGAAGUUUGCGGAUGAGUCGGUACAGAGUGAUAUGAAACUUUGGCCAUUUGAAGUUAUUUCCGGCAUAAAUGGUAGGCCGAUGAUUGUUGUCACCUUCAAAGGUGAGAAGAAGCAAUUUGCUCCAGAGGAAAUCUCCUCCAUGGUUUUAAUUAAAAUGAAACAAAUUGCUGAAACCUACAUCGGGUCGGAAGUCAAGGACGCGGUUAUCACCGUCCCCGCCUAUUUCGAUAAUUCACAACGCCAGGCCACGAUAGAUGCCGGAGAAAUUGCCGGCAUUAAUGUCCUGCACAUUAUCAACGAACCCACGGCUGCUGCCAUCGCUUAUGGCCUCGACAAUCAUUUUAGCAUAACGGGGACGAGAAAUGUCCUUGUUUUCGACAUCGGAGGUGGUACUUUUGAUAUCUCAAUCCUCACCAUUAAAAAUGGUGGCAUUGAUGUCAAAGCUACCGCUGGUGAUACUCAUCUUGGCGGGGAAGACUUUGACAAUAGGAUGUUGAACCACUUCAUCGAGGAAUUCAAGAGAAGACACAACAAUAAAGAUAUCAGCAAAAAUCCUAAAUCAAUCAGAAGAUUGAGAACCGCUUGUGAAAGGGCGAAGAGAAUCCUUUCCUCGUCUGUUGAGACACGAAUCGAUAUUGAUUACCUAUUCGAAGGUAUUGACUUCUCAACAAUUGUAACCCGGUCCAAAUUUAAUGAGCUGAAUGCAGAUUUAUUUCUCAAGUGCAUCGAGAUAGUGGAAAAGUGUUUGACGGAUGCCCAGAUGAACAAGAACGCGAUAGAUGAUGUUGUCAUGAUUGGCGGUUGUAGCAGGAUUCCAAAACUUCAACAAAUGUUACAAGAGUUGUUAAAUGGAAAAAAUCUGUGCAGAAACAUCAAUCCAGAUGAAGCUGUCGCUUACGGCGCAGCUGUUCAAGCUGCGAUCUUGAGUGGGCAGGGGAAUGACAGAGUUCAGGACUUCAAAAUCGUGGAGGUGACCCCUUUAUCUCUAGGUAUUGGGCUUAAUGGGGACGUCAUGAAGGUUUUGAUUCCGAGGAAUACCACCAUUCCUACUAGAGCAACAACAUCGCUGACAACAAGCAUUGAUAACCAAACUAAAAUGAGAUUGCCAGUGUUGGAGGGUGAGAGAGCAAGAUCAACUGAUAACAAUUUGUUAGCUGAAUUUGUGCUCUCGGGGAUUCAAAUAGCCCGAAGGAGAGUCCCUCAAAUAGAGGUUAUCUUUGAUCUGCAAGCCAAUGGCCUCUUGAAUGUAUCCGCACGUGACAAACUCAUGGGCAAUGAGAAUAGCAUUGCUAUGAAAAGUGGGAGAUUGUCAAGAGAUGAGAUCGACGAAAUGAUAAAGAAAUCUAACAAGUUUAAGGCCGACGACAAAAAGCAUCGGAAAAAGGAUAAAGCGAGGCGGGCAUUUAAGGAUUACAUUUGUGUCAUUACGGAUAGCAUAAACGGUCGCGACAUGUCUUCUGAUGAGAAGAAAAAGAAGGUCGAAGACGGAAUAAAGGAAGCAUUUCGGUGGUUGGAUGCCGCGGAAGAGCCUGCGGAGGUUCAUGAAUACGAAGAGAGAAUGAAGGAAAUGAAGCUCAUCUGGGAGCCCAUCAGUGCUGAAUUUUGCAGGGAGAGUGAUGUACCUUGCCGCAGGGAAAAUUGAUGAAUUGAUUGGCAGAAUUUAAACCUUUUACAGUUUAAGCCCAGAUGGUUGAGGAAUUGUUUGAGGUUGUAAAGUUUUAUUUUAUUUUAAUUUUACAAAGUUGUAUGCAAAUAUAGUGAGCAUAUUAAUGUUUAUUUUGUGCAUUCAACGUUUAUCAUAUUAAGAAGAAGGAAGU